AUGGCAGCACAAAAUUCGGAUGCAUGUCCUUCUAAAUCCUCUAGCAUCUCUGAAGGGAGUGGUAAUAACACCAACAAUACGAGGGACAAUGAUUUGGCAACCGAACUGGUGGACCAAGCCUCCAAUUCGAGAACGAUGUUGGCAUUUGUAAAGCUCUCGAACGAUGAUUCAUCGCUUCGUUGUUCUUCGAAAGUGCAGGAGCUCGAUUUUUUCAACCCGGGAAAGAGGGUGACGAAAGAAUCCUCGCCUUCUUUGGCUAACAACAUUGAUGAAGGAAAGAAUAAAAACACCGAGGAGAAGACUACUUCAGAGUCUAGAACCUUCUCUUGUAACUUCUGUAACAGAAAUUUCUCGUCUUCGCAAGCCCUAGGAGGGCACCAAAACGCACACAAACAGGAGCGCGCCAUAGCGAAACGUCGCCAAGCAAUCGACGCAUCUGGCUUUGGUCACCCUCACUUUCCUUAUUAUUCUACUUACCCUAGCUUGACCUCUCACCCUUUAUAUAAUAGGGCACUUGGGGUAAGGAUCGACUCCAUGAUUCACAAACCUAAUUCUUAUCCUUGGUCUCGUCUUAGGUUUGAUCAUAAUAACCAUAAUUGGUCACGGUCAGGGAUGCUUGAGGGAUUGCAACUAAAUGGAGGAGGUUCUUCAAAUUUGAAUUUGUUUAGAGAAGAUGAUAACGGUGGCAGUAGAACUAUUCCCCUAUUAGGAGUUUCUUCUACAAAUGUUGCUUCUACUUCUAAUUCAGCCAUCAAUAACAACCCAACAAGGAUUGAUGAUACUCAUGAUCAGAAUCCAAAGCCAGAUGAACCUUCCACUACUAUGUCUCCAAGCCUUGAUUUGUCGCUUAAGCUUUAA